CAUAGUGAAGAUCGUCGUGGGCCCCACCGUACUUCCUUCUCGAAUCCUUACGUGUCAAGAUCAGAAUUGAAGCUGAUCUUCUGAAUCCCAUUGUAGGAUUGUUUUUAAACACAAAAUUCAGAGAGCGGCAAUCAAUCGGGACCCCGACAAAGCAGAAGAUCUUUGGCGGAAAAGUAGUGGAGAUUUAAUGAGUGACGGUGACCCAUACAAAUACAAUCCCAUUUCUUGCUCAUAUAAUCACCUCUUCUGUUCUUGAAAAAAAGGCGAUUAGGGUUUCAACCCAUAUCAGAUGGUAAAAGAACUUUGAAAGUGUCAGUUUCAUCGGUUGAUAGUAUGGCAUCAUUAAGCAGCGAUCUUUGCUAUGACAUAUUAAGGCGCCUCGAUGGUGCUAAUUUGGCCAUUGCAGCCUGUACUUGUGCUGCUUUCUCGUCUAUCUCGAAAGAAGAGAGGCUGUGGGAAGAUGUAUGCUCUUCCAUGUGGCCUUCGACGAACAGGAGUGAUAUCAAAAGUUUGAUCUCUUCCGUUGGCGGCCUUAAAAAGUUUUACGCCGAUUGUUUCCCCCUCAUAGUAAACAAGGAUGUGCCCGAGUUCCACUGCAACGUCUACUACGAUUACCCUCAAGAAUGGACGGAAGCCGAUUACUACGGCGACGAGGACGAAGUCGAAAACAUUUCACCAUCCGAUUUCGUAUCGAUUGUGGAUAUCCGAUAUAGAGAGAAGACAAUUUGUUCCAAAGUCGUCUGGGGCAUUCCCUACGCAAACGGCUCUAGUGGUUGGUUCUACAAUUGCCCUUUCCGUCUCGACCUCCUUGCGAAUUCCGAGCAAGAAGCAGACGACGUCAUGCUCUCGCUGUCCGACGGCCUGCCUCGGAGCUGGUCGAUCGAGAGAGAGAGAAAGGACGGUAAGCUCUGGCACGAGCUCCGCGACGGAAUCAGACUCAGCUGGAUUCUAGUCAACAAGAAGACGAAAAAGGCCGCGAACCUCUCGAGCUGGAGCCCGAUCGGAGGGCAGAGACAUUGGCCCACGGACAACGACUUCUUGAUACGAUUCGGAUCGAUUCUGCCUGCGAAAGACAUUCUCCCAUGCCAAGUGGUGGAGUGCAUCCUUAUCAUGAAGUUCAAAGUGGUUGGAUCCGAAAACAGUUUGACGUCUCUCAAACUGACGGAGCUAAGCAUGCAGCUCGGGGACAUGGAGGGCUCUCACGUGAACGGGAGGAACAGUUUGCUCGUUCUGAGGGAGGCGCUCAACUGCCCGAGGAGCAAGAACUACAGCGAGGCGCUGGAGUCGUGCGAGUUGUAUUCGAGAGUGCAAAGCGAGCUAAAGGAGGAGAAGAUGAGAUAUGAGAACAGGUUAGAUACAAUGUGGAUUUUGGGAAGUAUUGCUGCUUGUGCUACAUUUUGUUUAUACUGUUUGUGAAUAUGUAGAUAUAUAUAUAUGUAUAGUUUGUAAUUUCAUCUUUUCCCUUAGCAAGCUAUGGUUUCUUGAAAGAGUUGAUCAAAAUGUAGCAAUAUGUUUUUGGUUUUCUUGUUUUAUUUGGUUUUUGUGUGUUUGAUGUUAGCAAUAAAUGGAUGAUCUGAAUAGAUUAGGGA